UGUACAGUGCGAGCGAGUUAGCGGCCAAAGUUUUUGAAGCGCGCAUGCAGGCAGAAAAAGAAAAAAAAGUUCGCCGGGACCCCGUGAGUUGAAGUUCUUCUGUCACGGGCUGCUGCCCACGGAUCCCCGGUGCAGACAUGCGGACUACACACUUCAAUUAACAAGGACCUCUGCGCUGUGUUUUUUUUUAGUUCACUUCACAGUUAACGGGGUUGCUGCGUUCGCUGCCCGCCGUCGUUUCAAUGGACUAUCUCGUGUGUUCCCAUGCAGUGAGUAAUAUAGACUAACAUUGAUAGUAUGGUUAUGACCUGCAGAUAGCAUACACACAGUGACCAUGAGCAUAACUUUAGCUGUUGACAUUAUGCCAUCUAGCCUAGUGUCUUGAAAAAAAAUGAGCGUCCCCUUCGACAAGGAACUGGAACCCUAAUCUCGGAAAACACCGACCCAUGGCUGCAGCAAUGCCCGGCGAAGACAGCCCAUUGCCCGGCAACACUUCCAGGAUAGAUCGCAACGGAUUAGGGGGACUGGUUCACUGUUUCAUAUGUGGAAGCGGAGUUACACCGGGCAAGGAAUUGAGGUUACAAGUGGCAUACCAAAAAGAGAGGGUUUCUUUUUUCCCGUUUCUACAAAAUCAGGAGCCAGCCCCGGGUGCGUCUGAAUUAAGCCCGGAUGGACACGCGCUGGUGUGCGCCGUGUGCCACUGCUUUUUGACGGAGCAGUGGAACUCCUUCGAGCGGAGCAGGACGACCAUUGAGAAGCGCAUGUACUGGCUGAAACGACCCUACCAGUGUGACUCUCGGCGGGUCCCGCAGGAGUGGAACAUCUCUUAUGAUCUGGAGAGGGGGAUCAGUGUGAGCAGCCAGAACUACGACGGAGGCGCAGAGUCGGAUUUCUCGUCUUUUUCUGAAAACGAGAACAUGUCAGACCAGGAGAUGGAUUUAGUCGACAGAGCCGGCAUGAGCAAAGACAAGUGCCUGAGAGCUUCUGGCAAAUCGCCAAGAGACAGUAGCAGGAAGAACAAUGUCAUCAGUGUUAAAAACAGCCCGGAUUCACAGCGGGCGAUGCGCUACCCGGUGGGUGUUUACGGGGCGCAGGGAUCGCCAAAAGCGGAGAGCGUUCUGCUGGCGAGGCGCGGCGCUAACGUUAUGAAUAAUGUAUGUCAAUCAUCAGAAUCUCUGGCAAAGUCCCAGGAAAGAUUCCCUCAGCGGUGCUAUGACAGUCCUUUCGAUGACACACCUGUGCAAGACAACGGGGUCAUUAUGCGCAACAGGCGAUGGAUGGAGGAGGAGAAUGCCAGACAUGCGCAGCCUCGUCCGAUUCAGCGUGUUGCGGACAGCAGCUGCGCCUCGUCCAGACAUCCAUCUCUGCUGUACCGAAUAAGGGGCGAGGAUCACCCCAACACCGCGCUGUCAUCUGUUGGCACCGCCGCCGGCACCACAACAUGUAACAUGGCUGUUCCCAGGGAGAAUAACUCUGACAGCUCUGAUGAAGAUGAGAUUAACAUUACAAGUGAUGAUGACACCGACAUGUAUAAAAGCAAGACAGGCCCAGCGACUCAGUUUAGACCUGUCGGAGACCUUUCAGUGAGAAAGUCCCACCAUGCCGUGGACGCCUGUUCAGAUGAGUGUGUUUGCUAUAUCUGUGGCUCUGGUCUCAGACACGAUGGCCGUUUUAAAGUCAGUGUUCAGAAACAGGAGAGGGCCCAGGGCGAGCCCUUCUUUCCAUUCCUGUGGCUUCACUCCCCUCCUCGGGGGGCAAUACCUAUCACUCCGGCGGGUACCACCCUGGUGUGUGGCAGCUGUCACACCUCCCUCAUGCAGCAGUGGCAGAGCUUCCAGCUGGCGGAUGUGCCUGUCCUCCAGCGCUUGUAUGUCGUCCCCCUCAAUCAGCCCACGAGCUCUAUCCAUCCCUCCCAGCCCACUCCCUCCGAGUCCAUGGAGUGCUUAGCUGAACCCAGGGCUUCGCAUGAGGCCUGUUUUCUCUGUGGUCAGGAGUGUGGAGGAGAUAUGAGAGUAGCAUAUGCACAGGCCGGUGUUGGUAAAUCCCGUGGUGCCAUGUAUUUUCCUUUCAUCAACAUGUUACCGUGUCCCCCUAACGCCCAAGGGGUGAGGAAUGGCUGUGUCCACUGCUGCCCACAGUGCCAUUUCAUCCUGGAGCAGAUCUGGGGUGCAUAUCGACUCAGCCUCAGUGAAGACCUCAUCACCUCUGUCAGCUCCUUUCUGGUCAGGUACCACGCUGCCAUGGCCAUUGAGGGUUAUGCACCAGCCCAUUCGCAGACAAUCGAGGCCUCUCGCCCCAGCAGCUCCAUGUCGGUGUGUUACCUGUGCGGAGCCGAGCUGUGUGCAGGCGGAGAGUACCAGCUGCACGUCAACCCGCCCGGGCGUUGUGGAGAGAGGGAGCCGUUCUUCCCCUUUCUCACCGUCCACCCUCCCGCUCCCCGUGCCAAGCCAGUAGAUGCCACCGGCCUGGUGUCAGCUUGCAAUCUCUGCUACCAUGACCUACACACCCAGUGGGCCCAACAUGAGGGAUUGGGUCCCUCCACCCCUUCUAACUCUAGUUUACCCAUUGCCAACCCCCAGCCACCCAGCUCCCCUUGGGCCCGCCAGUACAGCUGUGAGGCUUUUGUGUGUUUCUUCUGCAGGAAGGAGCAGCACAGGGAAGGCAGGCUGUGCGCUGUCACCGUGGCCAGGCUUCCUGUGUUCCUGUAUGCCCCUCGCAGCACACGCACCCUCCUGGUGGAUGACGGGAGGAGGUUGGUGAUUGGCUCGUGUUUGGAAUGUAAGGCCAUGGUGCAGGUGGGACAGAGCAUGCAGCAGGACAAGGAAAGGCUUGGACAAGUAGCCUCAGACGGGGAGAGGAAAGAACUAGAAUCAGCCUCGCCGCCGUCUAGACACAAGGCUGGAGCCAGCAAAGAGGUGGACUCUGGGCCUUCGCAGCCUGCAGGUGACCACACUCCUUCUCACCCGGCGACCUUGGAGCCAGAGAAAGCUGACGGAGCUGACCGCCCACUUUCCAGCAUGAGCCAUGAGCCAAAGUCACCAUCGUUAGGAAUGAUCUCCACGGCGACCCGUACCACGGCGACGGUCAGCCCCCUCACCCCGUCGCCUCACAACGGCUCCAUCGUGGCCAAUGGGAGCCCCGCUGCCCAGUCUGCUCACUCUGGAUUUGCCGCAGCCCUCCGUAAACUGGCCAAACAGGCCGAAGAACCGCGAGCUGCGUCCUCCAUCAGCAGUGAGUCCUCUCCAGUGUCCUCCCCAGCCACCAACCACAGCUCUCCGGUCAGUACGCCCAAGAGGGGUCCUCUUGGUCAAGGGCCUGUCCUGGUUCCCCCAGCGGGCCACAGUGUGCCAAACACCCCACCUGUAGUCACCAUUGCUCCAACAAAGACGAGCAACGGCCUCUGGAGGAGCGAGGGACGCCAGGCGGACUCGGGGCCUCGUGGGGCCAGCAGGGAACGUCUGGGUGCAGAGGGGAACCUCCCACAGGAAAAGGGUGGCCCCUCGGUCCCUGCCCACCUCCUGGGAAACCCCUAUGCCUUCGGUCUCACCCCCGGCGCUGUCAUGCAGGACUCACGGUUCCAUUCUCUCAAUCUGCCCAGACAGAUGCCCAAUGCAGUGCCCCCUGGUCAUGUGCCAGAAGAGUACCUCCGUGGUUUCCGGCCCUACGCCACGACGGAGGACGCCCUGCGCAUGUCCUCUUUGCCCUUGGGCCUGGACCCCGCCACUGCAGCUGCCGCAGCUGCUUACUACCACCCCAGCUACCUGCCCCACCCCUCCUUCACGCCAUACAGGAUGGAUGACCCAUUCUGCCUCUCUGCCUUGAGGUCACCUUUCUUUCAGCUGCCAGGAGGGGGAGCUUUACCUCCCAUCCAUCCCUCUGCUGUUCACAUGCACCUCCCCGGGGUCCGCUACCCUGGAGACUUCACGCACCCCUCAAUGUCAGCUCUGCAGUCUGAGAGGCUUCAGCUGGAGGACGAGCUGCGACAGAGAGAGAGGGAGCGGGAGCGAGAGCGCGAGCGCGACAAAGAGAGAGAGCGCGAGGCCGAGAGGGAGAAGGAGCGGGAGAGGGAAAGGGAAAGGGAGCGGGAGAGAGAGCGGGAGAAGGAGCUGGAGAGGGAGAGAGAGCGGGAGCGGGAAAGGGAGCACGAAAGGGAGCGGGAGAGGGAGAGGGAAAGAGAGAAGGAGCUGGAGAGGCAGAAGGAGAGAGCACUGAGGGAGAAGGAGCUGCAGGCUUCCAAAGCCUUGGAGAACCACUAUCUGGCUGAGCUCCACGCCAUGAGGGGGCAGGAGGACAGGACCAAGCCUGAGAGGCUCACCCCGAAUCGGGCCGAGAAAACCAAAGAUUCCGCACCUCCAGCUCCCAAACCAGUGCUGCCGGGACUCCACCCUUCAAUGGUCCAAUCACAUCACCCCAUCCCUGGUCUGAUCCCGGGCCACGGCCUCUUCAUGGGGUCCGGCGCUGUAAUGACGGGGCUCUCAGCCUCGAUGAUCGCUCAGAGGACCAAUGAGGAGGAGAGGUGGUUGGCGCGGCAACGUAAGCUGCGGCAGGAGAAGGAGGAUCGUCAGUACCAGGUGUCUGAAUUCCGCCAGCAGGUUCUGGAGCAGCACCUGGACUUGGGCCGGCCCGCUGACGCCUCGGAUCACAGGACAGACCCACACAGAUCCAUACCAAAUCACCAUGACCCAGGAAGCCGGGACCUCCACCCUCACUUGGGCGCCCCUCCACCGCUCAUCUCCCCGAAACCCCCUCAGCCACCACGCGAACACCACCCUCCCACCACCCUGUGGAACCCUGCCUCGCUCAUAGAAACCCCCUCGGAGUCCAGACGUAACCACGAGCCCUCAGGGAUGGGACACUACGAGCUCAGCCGGCUGCCCCCAGGUCCCUCGAAAUAUGAGGAUGGGGCACGACGGAGAGAAGGGGGGUCCAUGGAGAAGUUCCCCCCGAUGAGAGGUCCUCCGGGUCUGCCGGAGCCCAGCACAUUCCUCGCUGAUCUGGAGAAAUCCACCCAGUCCUUCUUCAGCCAGCAGAGGGUGUCACUGUCUCUGUCCAGCCAGUAUGAGCUGGAGGGAGCCAUGAAAAGCAACGCCGGGCUGAAGAGCCUCCAGGGACACCCGGGGCACAGUCAACACGGACCAGGGCUGGGGAUGGUCCCGGGGCCGGCACAGGGAGCCACGGCGGGUCCGGACACGAUGCUGAUCUACGACGACUUCCUGCAGCAGCACCGAAGGCCGGUCAGCAAGCUGGACCAGGAGGAGAGGAGGAGGAGGGAGGCCAGGGAAAAAGGUUACUUCUACGAGCUGGACGACUCGUAUGACGAGAGUGACGAGGAGGAGGUGAGAGCCCACCUCCGGAGAGUAGCGGAGCAGCCCCCACUCAAACUGGACGACUCCACCGAGAAAUUGGACUUCCUGGGAGCGUUUGGCCUGACCACGGUGGGCCGGCGAGACGACCUGGUGCAGCAGAAGAGAAGGAAAAGGAGGAGGCGGCUCAGGGAGCGCAGCCCCUCGCCGCCUUUCUCGCACUCGAAACGCACCCCCCCUCCCCUCCCCCAGCUCAGCACGCGCUUCACCCCGGAGGAGAUGGACCGAGCGCCGGAGCUCGAGGAUAAGAAGCGCUUCCUCACCACCUUCAAACUGUCCCACGUCACCGUCGAGCAGAGGAGAGAUUCUGCAUUGGCCCCGCCCUCCUCUGAAUCAGAAGGCCACCGCGGCGGCAGACCUUCGAGCCCCUCCUCCUCCUCACAUUGCCCAGCGUCCCCCAAUGGUCACCCGAAGCCCCUCGGGGAGACAUUAAGACCAAAGGAACCCCCUUCUCCAGCUGUCUACCCAGACAAGGCCCGGGGGCCCAGUGAGGGACCGGCCUCCAAGAGGAGCUGCAGCCUGCUGAACAGCUUGCGGCCCCCGCUCCCCCUGCAGGCCAAAGAGGGCCCUCACAGCAUCAAUGGACGCACCAAACCCUGGGACAGCUUCACCCCGGAGGAAUUUGCCCAGCAGUUCCACGAGUCGGUGCUUCAGUCCACUCAGAAGGCUCUGCAGAAACACAAAGGCGGUGCCACGGGAAUGUCGGAGACGUCCCACCUCCAGGAGUCCUCGGUUCACUACAACAUACCGGAGCUUCAGAGCGCGCCCGGGCGGCCGCCGCCGCCGCAUCCACAAUCUCACUCCAAUGCACAUUCGUUUCCCCAUCCGCUCUCCCUGGCUCACCCUCAGCCCAACGGGCAGCACUUCUCUGUAGCCCUUCACCGGGAGGCCUCGGGGACGAGGGAGGACCUGUCCGGUCCAGAUGACUCAGAGGAGGAGGCGGAUGAGGAGGAAGAGGAGGCUCCCGCUUCCAAGUGGCAGGGGAUCGAAUCUAUCUUUGAAGCUUAUCAGGAAUACGUUGAAGAGCAAAGUUUGGAGCGACAGGUGUUGCAGAGCCAGUGUCGAAGACUAGAAGCUCAGAACUACAACCUCGGUCUGACUGCGGAGCAGUUGUCUCACAGCAUGGGGGAGCUGAUGUCCCAGAGGCAGAAGCUGGCGAUGGAGAGGGAGAAGCUACAAGCAGAGCUGGAGCACUUCAGGAAGUGUCUGACGCUGCCACAGACACCCUGGCCACGAGGCGGCCAUUACAAGGGCUACCCCCCCAGGUGACCCCGACACGGCGAGCCGAUGGCCCCUUCAGACUGACACCCAGAGUUUAUUUUUCAUGGCCGGGUCCACGUGUCUCCAUGGAGGAGAAUAUGGCUGGCCUCGAUGGACGAAUGGAUGAAUGGAGUGAAUGGAGAGACGAAGGAUGAAUGCAGAGGAGAGGGGACCAUUCAGUGAAGGAGAGACGGUCUUUGGACUGAGCCACGGACGUGUGCCAAUGUAGCCCGGAGAGCAUGGGACAGGGAGCACCGGAAGAUCAACACACACACACACACACCUAGUUGUCACACACUCUGUCGUCCCUGCUGCUCUCCUGUCCGGUCCUUGCAUCCCUCACCGCCACAGCGACACAGACAAUCCUGCCAAUGAGGGAGCAGCUGCCCCGACGGGGGCGUCGCCAAGAGACUCGGACGCUUCGAAGGCUUCCGGUCAGUCGGGACCGAUGUCGAUCGCGGCGGCCGCGUGAGCUUUUGAACUGGAAAUGCACUUAAGAAUAAAAGCUGAAGAACUACCUGGUGGUACUGCGUUACAACAAAGAGCUGUUUAAAUUAGGGAAGAACUUAGACAAAUGCACAUUUUUGGAAAGAAUUAAGGAAAUGUUUUAUUUCGAAAAAUUUGAGAAUUUUAAAAGGUGCUUCAGCCUUGUAUUGUAAAUAAUAUGAAGACUUAAAAGAUUUUGUAUGUUUUUAUUACUUUAAUCAUUGUUCUUUUAAAGAAAAAAAGCCUGCCAUUUUUAUAUGUUUAUGCUUUUUUUUUGGGGGGGGGGGGUUGGAAAAGAAAGCCUUGGUUUUUAGUGUUCGUACUGCUGCUGGCCAGAACAGCUCAAUGUUGAGACAUUGGGAGAGUGAGAGAGAAGAGGGUCCACUCUUCUUCCUCCGGACCCAGCCACAACCACCUCGUCUGGCGUCUGAGCUCAGCAAAGCUUCCUGAGGUCGUGGGACUCGGCCCCGCCCUCUCAUCCCCCUUCCUUCACAGCAACACGCGUCUCCCAGCACCAACUCCUCUGGUCCGCUCGUGCUAUUCGCUUACAGAAACCAGUUGAGAUCCACAGUGACGAUAUAAUGAGCUUCUUUUUUUCAUUUUUUUUCAUUUUUCCUUUGGUCACUUGACAUACUUGAUUUUGUAAAGACAUGAAGAGUCUUAAGCAGCCAGCUGGGGAAGCUGGUUUUUGAUGCUUUAUCCAACCAUUGGACCUUUCACUUCACUUUGUAUGACAUCAUAUAGCAUUAGACUCAAAUAAUACGACGGUUUGCAAAAAGUUACGCCUUACGAGCCCUUAUCAGCAGUCAUGAGGACACAGUGCCAAAAUGAAAAAAAACAAGGUUGCAUUUUGGAUUCUUAAUUUUAAAUUAAAGUUGCAAUUAGGUAGCCAACCCUUCAAACCAGAGUAGCGGAUCUUCCACUGCGGAUACCUUUAGAUUGCACUCGGCUUCUUCCUGCAUCUCCCCCUGUGUUAGGACUCCAACUAUCCAAAGCUCCCAACGUGUACAAAUAACGGACUGGAAAAGUGGAGACGUUUUUCAAACUGGGCAUUUUGUAGUAAAUCUGAAUGGUUUAAUUGACAUAGCCUCACACACACACACACACACACACACACGUUCUACCCUGUAACUGUUGACUCAGCAUUAUGGUGGCGUGUGCGAUUGAAGACCCCAAAGGCCAGCAAGGAGGUGCACAGAUCAUCAUUUUGAAUGUACGGGGCUGCACAAGUUACAGGGGUGGGACAAUUGGUGAUUUCACUAUUUCAUCGUAAAAAAAAUAUAUAUAUAUAUAUAUUUAAAAAUGUGCAGAAGGUUAAUUUAUAAGUACUGAAGCACACCCCCUACAUACAAUAUGCUAAUUACAAGUGCCUCAAGAAUUUGGGAGCAUGUGAACGAGUUGCAGUCCACAUGAUGGACGUUCUACACACACCUCCAGUGAUCAGGGACUCAACAUGUCACAUUCAAGUGUCUACUGUACGUCUCACACCUUUAAAAUAUGUGCAUGCCAAGAAACGACACAGAAUUCAUUUGAUCUCAAAUGCAUCUCUGAGAACCAAUUUAAUCGCGACACCUUUUUUUAUGAACGAGACCCAGUUCUGAGGAUCAGGUGGAUGCAGAGCGUCGUCUGUCAUUUUUACAGAGCAGAAGAGGUCAUGCUGAGGUCAGCUGCCCGAGGCCUUCCUGUGUCCCGCCCACGCACGCCCAUGCAAUAGCCCCAUGACUCGGUGGAGGAUGUCUAGAUGCUGUGAAAUCCUGUUUUUAAAAAAUGUACUUGUUUGAAUUCAUUGUAAUGUAAUAUAUUCUUUGUUGAAUGUAGUAAUUAGGUAUUUAUGAAUAUAUGGCUGUGAUUUCAGACAAAAAAGAAAAUAAAAUAUUUCAAAAAUGUUAAAUAUUAA